CCUCUACCCUUAGCAGCUCCCCUCCAUUCCACCCCCGCCUCCACUUGGGCUGCUCUGAUGUCUGGUGCUUCUCCCCCCCUUGAAGGGCGGUGAGGGAUGGAGCGGGUAGACCGCAUCAUUCUGAAUAUCGGGGGGGACAAACAUCACUCUUUUUCCCUCCCCAUGCCCAAAUCCGCAGCUUCUCACCAGCCUUAGACCUGCCCCCCACCCCCACCCCCCACCCCCUUUCUGGUACAGACAUGGUACGCUCCCCAGUCUCGACCCUGAGCUGCAGUAGAUAUUGCUAGAACCCACGCCGAGGACUGAGCUGGCGGCUGCAGUGACCUGGGCGGCUUUCCCUGGCCCCAGGGACACCGCUUCCCUCGAGAUUGCACCAUGACCCAGGGAAAGCUUUCAGUAGUUAACAAGGCCUCCGGGACUGAAGGACAGCAACAGGCAAAUGGAGAGAAGAAGGAGACUCCAUCAGCUCCCUUGGCCCCUCCAACCUAUGAGGAAGCUACCUCAGGGGAAGGGCUGAAGGCUGGGGCCUUCCCUCCACCAGCCCCAACUGUGCCCUUCCAUCCCAGCUGGGCAUACGUGGACCCAAAUAGCAGCCCUGGCUAUGGAAGUGGUGGAUACUCUGGAGAUCCUGAGAUCUUCACCACCUUUAGCUGGGAUGAUCCGAACGUGAGAAGAGUAUUUGUCAGGAAGGUCUACUCCAUCCUAAUGAUCCAGCUGCUGCUAACUGUGGGAGUUGUGGCUCUCUUCACUUUCUGUGAACCAGUCAAGAUGUAUGUCCAGAGCAAUCCAGCCUGGUACUGGGCAUCCUAUGCUGUAUUCUUCAUGACUUAUCUAAUCCUGGCCUGCUGCUCUGGACCAAGGAGAUAUUUCCCCUGGAACCUGAUUCUCCUGAGCAUCUUUACCCUGUCUAUGGCCUACCUCACUGGGAUGUUGUCCAGUUACUACAAUACCAAGUCUGUGCUUCUGUGUCUGGGGAUCACUGCUCUGGUCUGCCUCUCUGUGACUCUCUUCAGCUUCCAGACCAAGUUUGACUUCACAUCCUGCCAAGGAAUCCUCUUUGUGCUUCUCAUGGUCAUGUUCUUCAGUGGGAUCCUUCUGGCCAUCAUCCUUCCCUUCCAAUAUGUACCCUGGCUUCAUGGGAUUUAUGCCGUGCUGGGAGCAAUCGUGUUUACAAUGUUCCUGGCAUUUGAUACCCAACUGCUGAUGGGAAAUCGUCGCUAUUCCUUGAGUCCAGAGGAAUAUAUUUUUGGAGCCCUCAAUAUUUACCUGGAUAUCGUCUACAUCUUCUCCUUCUUUCUGCAGCUUUUUGGCACCAACCGGGAGUGAAAAGGCUUCCCCAUUCUCCAACUCCAAGAAAUGCAACCUUUUGUCCCCCUGUAACUUCCCCUGCUUUUACCGAGCCCCUAAGAUAGAGAACUAAACCUCCUCCUAGCCUAGCCCUCUGCCAGCUAUACUCCUUCUACAUCAUCCUUGGAGUUUUUUUCUGUAGCUUGUGUAUAUUCAAGGAAUUCUGGAAGGACUGGAGUCACUCAGUUUCCUGCUUCCCUGCCCCUCAGGACUCUCGUUCCCAUUUCCAAAUGUGAGAUUGUAAAUCCAGUGUAUUUUGUAUCCUGCCCUUUAGUUUAGGGGUGUAACGGGCCAAAGGAAAUAGCAGACAAGAGUUUAGGAACUUAGAUGUCAAUAGAGGGAGCCACGGGUGAGCUGAAUCCUGAACUCCCAUCCACACCUUCCCAGAAACUGUGUGACUUGGGAGAAAGCCACUUUCCUCCCUCCUUUCUGCCCUCAUCCCUACUUUUCCUUUGUUCCCUGGAUCAAACACUGAAGCGUUUUAUGGAAGAGGAAGAGCUGGCAUAGGAGUUACGCAGCCUCCCAAGGUUCACACCCUGAAGAUACGCAGAGACAGCAUGGUAGAGUAUUUGGGGUCACAGGACAGGGGUUUGAUGCUGCUCAGUACACGUAUGGCCUUGGACAAGUCCCUCGGGCUCCCAAAGCCUUCAUUUCCCAUUCGAAAGUCCCUUCUGAUGCUAAAUCUUGUCUAGGAUAUUAUUAGAUUUGGGGGAAGAGAAUGAGGGAUGCUGUUUCCAGAAUGGCCCUUCAUCAUAUAAGUGGGAGCUUCAGUUACACCCACAAUUCCAAUGCCAAUGCAGUGCUUAAAAGAGUCUGAGUGGAGUCGAGCUUCUCGGGGUGGCAGGACAGGGAGUCAUGAGCCCUGCUCCCUGUCCUGUCAAAGGUCUGCUUCGAGGCUUCUGGUAGGGAGCUAGGGAAUAGGGGUACCCAGCUGAGACCUAUAUCAGUAGGAGGUCCCAGCCUCAAGGAGGAACCAGAAAUGCCCAAUCAAAGGGGAUGGUGGAGGGAUGCUGAGCAGUCCUUGGUGUACCCUGUGGGGCAGAGUUGCCUAAAAGGAUUGGGCAUCAUUUCCCUUAGAAAUCCCCAAGUCGUCUUCCUAAGACUCUAGGGACUGGAGAGGGCUUUGGGACUGAUGAGCAGCCCCACGUCGGGAUGGUUCCUGGACCCUAGAAGAGAAGGAAUGCUCCCCUCUGCUGAGGAAUAGAGAAGAGCCUUUUUUGAGAUUUACUGGUUCAGGUGGAAUACAGAAUAGCUUCUUCACUAUGCCCUAUAGAGGAACCCCUCUUCCCCCCCCCCAAUCCAGGGGUGGCCACUCUCUGCCCUCCAUUUCCCCUAAGUGCCUCCCUAGCUUGUUGCCUUGCCAAUCCGUGAACCCAGGUCUUAAAUGCCCAGGCCAGAGCCUAUCUCUACAUACUCCAAAGAGAAGACACUUCUCACUCGUCCCAGCGCCCAUGCUCUCCCCUCUUCAGUCCAGGUCACCCCAGCCUCCCCUGAGGGGUCAAGUGUGCUCCCUCUCCUCUUUAUCGUCCCAUCUCCCCAGUUUGGAAACUGGCCAGCCCAGGGCUAAUUCGGCCCGGCCCCUGAUAAGAACUGGGUCCAUGUCAUGAGGCUGGGGCCCCUCCUCGCCUGGGCGGUCGGCUGGGAUGGCUGGGCAGGAGCAAGUGCGUCAGCUACCUGGCCCCUGGCAGUGUAGCCUGCACAUGGGAGGGGACAUGGGAGUGAGGCCUGGGGGAGUGGGGGAUGGAGAGGAAAGGAGCUGGCUGCUUAUUCAUGCUGCGGUGGCUCCGGUACCCGUGGAAAAGUACUGGGUGAAGUGUUGAAGCCCCUCACGGGGCCAUCAGCCUUCCUUCUUCCCGCCUUCCCUUCCAGCUUCCUUUUUGCAUGCUGACUCUGCAUGGCAUGCCUGGUGCAUGCACAGGGGCUUCCCUGGACUUUGUAGCCUGGCCAAGGUUUUCCAUCUGGGAAGAAAGUGGGAUGCCGUCAAUUCCCCGACUGCCCCUCGGUACUUCCAUCUGACAUGGCCCCAAAGGACCAAAACCUUCAUCAUGACUCAGAUCCUGGGAUGGAGCUAGAAUUAGGGGGAAUUAGCAGAACUGGAACCAGUGUGGGGUGAUGGGGGAUCUCCAAGUGGUUCAAAUUUCAAGGCCCCUCAAAGCACUUACCCUUCAGUGGAGGAGACACAGCAGAGCUCAGCGCCCAAGGAGCAAGAAUGGUUAAGCCAGAAAGCUCCCCGAAGGGGUCUCCUUCCUAGGCACCCCGGCUGAGCUUUCCCCUACUAUCCCAUCCAUAGCAGAGAGACCUUGUGGGCUCCUAGUUUCAUUCCCACCUCCCAAGGAAUUGAAUUUAUUGUAAGAAGCCGACCUGUGGAUGCUUUUAAUCCUGCUUGCUCCGGGUACACGUUUUACAAAAUAGGAUCCAGGUACAAAAAAUGGCUAUUUAGGGCUCUGGGAAUGUAGCCCAGGGAACCUGUGUUCCCUGCUCUGGAACACUGGCCAAGUCCAGGCUCUUUCUUCCCACUGAGAGUUCUCCCAGCCUGAUCUGCCUGAAGGUGGAUUCCAUCCUGGUUGCGGAUGAAUCAUCUCCAUGUUUUGUACCUCUGUUUCCCCAUCAGGUGAAAAGGAGUAGGGUGGUGGGGACAAGGACGAAAUUUGGGGUCUAGAAAUAGUGGAUAAGUCAGAUUGACUUUUUAGCUCCUGCUAGUAUGGAGCAUCCCUUGCUUUCUUGGUCAUCACAUCCCUAUUCUUGACCCCACAAUCUCAUUUUUGGUAACUACCUUCAAUCUCCAAGCCAUGAGCCUCCUUUAACAUCCCCUCCAUCUCCAGUCUGCUUGGGGUCCUCAGCAUUGUGCUUUGAGCCUCCUGACUGGUCCUCCUUACCCCUCUAGUGUCUAAUUUCCUUCUCUUCUGAAAUCUUUGCUGCUUCCCAGACUCAACUUGCCCAAUUAUUAAUCUAGGGGAAAUGGAGCAAAAGAUUUUUCCAGGAUUGAGGAUCUUCUUUGUGUUGGUCGAGCUAAAACCAUUCUACCAUGAGCCAGGUUCCUUUGAGUGUCUAAAAUUUUGAAUGAUCUCAGCCUUUCAAGAAAAGAAACUGAGUCCCAAGGAAGGGUCAAGUUCACAGGAGGAGAGGGAAAGAAAGCAGAAAACCCAUCUCCCAGGUUUCUUCUCCUCCAGAGCUGGUGGGUUCACAGAAAUUGUGAAAGAUAAACCCCAGAAACACCUGGAUGAGCCUUUUAAGGAGGAAAGGUGAGGUUGUAGGAAUGCAGGAUUACAAGAAAUCAAAGCUGGGCAGGUGCCACAGGCUGGAGAGGGAAAAGGGCCAACCCUCCCUCCUUUGUCCCUCACAUUUUUUGUUGGGGGUGAAAAAUAGAGCUAGGGACAGGGCACUUUAUUAAAAGACCAAGGAGUAUCUGGGAACUUGGCCCAGGCAAGAGUCCAGCCCAACCGGGGUGGGGAGUGGGGGGACACUAUUUCCAGAGGGGAAAGGGAGCUCAGAGUCUCUGGUGUCACUCCCACCAAAAUCCUCUGCAUUCAUGACUGUCCAAUCCUGCUGACUAAAGGCUAAAAAUACAGCAGGGCUUGAUUUCUUCAGGACCACGCAGGUCAGACCCUAGGAAUCCUGUUUCCUUGAUUAGUUUCCUCCCCCUUCCCCUCCCCCAUCUCCUCCUACUGGUAGAGACACAUUGUCUCUGCUUCACUCUCCCCAAUGCCCACCUGAAAAAGUCAUCAGCAACGCAGGUUUCUCACUAGUUGGGUUUGGGCACCUUUGUGUGCACUUUGCUGCCCCCCUGUGGCACUGUAGGGUAACAGGGAAAGAUGCUGGCAGAGAAAGGAGUGUUAGGACAGACGUUAAGGACCAGGAUCAGGAAUAAAGGUGAAUUGGCCACAAAUCUUCCCCCAGCUUGAAUCUAUUGGUUUCUCUGUUGCCUGAAUUCUCCCAGUGUCGACCCUGUGACUAACCCUGGUUCCCUUCAUUUGCCUAAACUUCCCUUAGGCUGUUAAAGCCCCUGAGGCAAGAAUAAAAGCAAUUAUGAUCCCAAAAA